ACACAGGUAAAAAAUGCUAUGGUAGUCAAUCUAACGUCAUACCGAAACAUAGGUUAUAACCGGCACUCGGCAGACGACGAAUUACGACAAAUCGAAACUGUGAGGUUAUAAUCAGUUUCGUACGGAUAAAGUGAAAGAUUCGUUCGCAAAACCGAAGUAAUAAAUCAGCUGAUGAAAUGUUAACGACUAGAAUGUUGCUGAGGCGGCAUACGUCGUACUUAAAGUAUAGCUACGCUUCUGCCCGACGUUUCACCCAGGCUGCGGAAGAAUCAGAGGACAUAAUAACGAGUCAAGAAUAUAAAUUGGCGCCGUUGCCGCAGAAAAAACCGCAGAGAGAACCAUUCGUCAAGAAUUUAUUUAUCGGACGAUUCGAUAACGACCUGCUUGCCUACCCCGAAGUUCAACCAAACGAGAGGCAAAAUCAGUUCAACGCAUGGCUCGCGCCAAUUGAAGACUGCAUUAAUCGCAACCUCGAAGUCAAGGAGUCAAAUAUAAAUGUGAUAUCCAACGAACUGGUGGAGCAGCUCAAGGAUUUUGGUGUUUUUCGCGCUACCAUCACAGAGGAAUAUAAGGGCAUUGGAUUAAACAGUACAGAAUAUGCCAGAUUAAUUGAAGUAGUUGGUAAACACCCCUCUUUAGCUUCUUAUGUGAUUAGCCGCACCGAGCCAACGGAAUUGAUCCUAAAAUACGGUACCGAACAACAGAAACAAAAAUUUCUCCCAAGGAUCGCAAGUGGCGAACUUAUCCCAACUCUUGCAUUGGCCGAAGACAAUACAGACAUUGAUGCUAUUCCGCUUAAUGCUACAGCAGUUGGAACGGAGUGCAAACGAUACUACAAGCUCAAUGCUGAAAAGAUUCAUGUCUUGAAUGGAAAUCAAGCUAACUGUUUUAUUGUUCUUGCUAAUUGUACAGAAACUAACGACCCGCUACAUAGGCCAGAUAUACCCACUAUAUUUAUCAUUGAACGCGAAAAUAGCGGAAUCGACAGUUCAAAGAAAGUUGAAAACAUUGGCCAACGAGGAUUAGAAGUGUACAAAGUUAACUUUACAGACACCCUUGUGCCAAGAGAAAAUCUACUAGGCUUAAUUGGAGGUGCUCCAAAAAUUGCGUUAGACUUAAUCACCUUAGGUAAAGAAUGUAUCGGAUCGCAGGUGAUAGCUAUAUUGAAAGAUUUCAUCAACAUCUUAACAAAACACGCAAUUGAAAGAAAACACUAUGAUAAACAAAUAAUGACCUAUGAUUUUGCAAAAGAAAUUAUUGCUAAAAUGAGCACUGACUUAUAUGCAAUUGAAAGUAUGACCUAUAUGACGACUGGAUUGAUUGACGAAUACAAAGACCAAAACUGCAGUGUCGAAAGUGCCAUUGUUGCAGCUUACUCGAUGAACAAAUGUGUAGAUCAAAUUUUACAGGGACUGAAAUUACUUGGUAGAAAAACUUACCUUAAGGAUAGUCCGUAUGAACGAAUCUAUCUGGAUGCUUUAGGAUUAGCGUUAUACAAUGAGUCGAGUAUAGAUUUGCAUACGUAUAUAGCUGUAAUGGGUCUUCAUCACUCAGGGUCUAUUAAUUCUGAGACUAUUCAAAAGUACAGGAACCCAUUCAUGUUUCCUUCAUUCCUGUUGAAAGAAGUAUUUCUCUCAAGCAAUGGGCCAGACCUCGCUUUGGAUGAAUAUCUGCACCCGUCUCUCCAAGUCUCUGCAAAAUUGCUCCAGGCUGCUGUUCACUGGUUGCACGAUGCGGCGGAACAAAUGCUGAUUACACAUGGCACAAAAGUUACUGAAGCUCAUAUGGAAUUACGAAGGCUAGCCGACAUGGCAAUUGACAUUUACAUGAUGACUGCAGCUCUAGGCAGAGCAUCUCGCUCCUAUUGCAUUGGCCUCAGACUCUCAGAAAAGGAUAUUGUUAUGGCACAUAGUAUUUGCUGGAAUGCUCACAGGAGAGUGAAGAAAAAUCAUGAGGAAAUCAAAUUAGGAGACGAAGGAAACUGCGAUGAUGUGUACAGAAUAAUUGCUAAAAAGAUUUUUGAACAGCAUGGAUACUUCCCUGAACAUCCUCUUAAAAAGAAUUUCUGAAGACGGUUUAAAAGUUUGAAAAUGAAUCAUUGUAUGUAUGAUUUACGAACUUAUAUUAGAGGGACAGAAUAAGUGCAUAAGUGCUCAGCUAAUCACCUUCUAUCACUUACGGCAAGUAAUGUGACUACUUGAAAUGUUCUAUAUUGUACAUUAUCCAUUUACAUAUUUAUUUUAUAUUUACUUCACAAGCUUCAUUUGAUUUAAUAAAUAUUAGUUCACAUGAAACUUUUGCACAUCUUUCGUAUUAACUUUUAUCAGAGUUGUCUCAAAGCGAUCCAUGUUAAAUUACAAACAGUAAAUUUGAUAUCAAAGGUGAUUAUUGUAGAAUAUUUAUAUUUUACCUAGAAUGGUAGAUGCGAAAUAAAGAAGUAAUUGUUUUA